GACCCGAACCACCCUCACCCACGCCACGCCCCCAAUUCCCUUCUCCCAUCUGCUGCGUCUUCUCCUUCUUCUUCACCACCAUUCCUCUUCUUCUUCACCUCCUCCUUUUUGUUCACAACAAUCAUUGUUUGUAACACAGAGUGAUUUUCGCAUUCUAGAAAGGAACAAGCUUUUGGGGGUGAAAGAACAGCUGAGGCUCGAAUCGCUCGGCAUCGAUGUCACCCAGGAUCUUCGCCUUCUACGCUACCGCAGCAGCUGCUCGUGUAUCAAAAGUACACAAUUAUACACACUUUCUCUGUCAUGGAAAGGGUUUUCUUUUUCUUUGAGGAAAAAUUUAAACGUGAACCAUGAGAUGAAAAUGAGACCUAAGUGUAGGAUUUGGUGGCCAAAACAGCUCUCAUGCUGCAAGCUGCCAUCCUCAACUGUUUUGUUUGGUUGGUUCUUCUCUGAUUCUGCAGCUUCCACUGACAUUAUAGUGGCGUUUGCGCAUGAUGAAGCUUCACUUUCUCGGUGCCAAUUUGGUCUUCAGGGCAUCCUUCAUUAUGCAAAUGGGAACUUGCCUGUAUUUCUGCAAGAAAAAUCAAAUCUCUCCAUUGUGGGCCAUUGUGUGGCAGAUUUCAGUUGCAAUAGUCCAUUGUUUGGGGUUGGAAAUGAAGAAGAUCAAAUGAAAUCUUCAAUUCAUGGCAGUGUACCUCAACUAAACAGUCCAGACAUGGUUGGAGAAAAUUGUGGACUUCAGAACUGUCGGUGCCACAGAAUUGAUGCAUUAUUAGAACAGUUUACACAAGCUUCUGUUCAAAACUGUAACUGUAUCCAGCUGUUACGUGGUUCUCAUGAAUUUGUUGGGAAAAAAAUUGAUUGGAUUCCUAAAUUUCAUCACAUUCAUUGGAAUGGCCAAUUGGUGACUGAUUGUGAUGUCCACGUGAUCGUUUAUGAAACUCCUGUAUUUGGUGCUCACCAUUUUUCCUUGGGUUUUUGGAAUUCCUCCGAGCAAGUGAGAUCUCCUCUUAAGAAACCCAAGUGGGUUAAUGAACUUCACCAAAAGCAGCUGCUUUUUGACUUGGAUACUGUCAUUUUAGCACUCAACAGUGCUGGGGCUGCAAAAUAUUUUUUUGACAGACAUGUGGGCUUCAAAGAACCUUUUGUUCGGUUCCCUAUGGUUUCCAUGUUUGUUUCCUUUGUGUGGAAAUCAUUUAUCCUGUCGAUGUCUUUGUUUUCCACUUUAGUCUAUAUCAUUCUUCAGCUUCUCCAUAGCUUCUUGAUCUAUGGAUCAGAAUUUUGGAUAUUCAUCAUAUUGAUUAAAGUAUUCAGCAAUACGUGCAAAAUCAUUCAAAUACGCUGCUGCCAGAUCCUGUAUUGGCCAAUCUUUCUUCAAGAAAAUGGUCUCAGGUCUCAGUCAUGCGUGCAAUAUGCAGAGAAAGCUUCAGUGCGUAAGAAUUCCAUGUGGUCAAGUAUAGCUGUUGAUGUUCUUUUGGGGAACUUGAUUGGCUUUGCAUUGUUAUGUCAUGCAGAGUCUGCUAGCAUAUGGAUUCUGGACUUUUCCAAUGAGAUUACAAACAGUUUGUUGCGUUCCGGUUGUGUGUGGCUGAUGGGAGUCCCUGCUGGUUUCAAGUUGAACACAGAGCUGGCAGGAAUCCUUGGCAUGAUUUCUCUUACGGUUAUUCAGAUUUGGUCUACACUCGGGUUCUUUGUGGGUUUUCUUUUCAUCUACUUUAUUAAAGGACUUGCUAUAUCUGGCAUUCUUUUUGGGGUGACCACACCAGCUGCUAUGACCAUGGACAUGAUUGUCUUAGCAACAUCACAUAUUUCUAUUCUUCAUUGGUCGAUCUCUAUCCUGUAUUCACACCAGAUACAGGCACUAGCAGCUUUAUGGCGCCUUUUCAGGGGACGCAAGUGGAAUCCUCUGCGACAGAGGUUGGAUAGCUAUGACUAUACUGUGGAGCAACACAUAGUUGGAUCUCUUCUGUUUACGCUGCUUUUGCUUCUAUUGCCAACAACUUCUGUUUUUUAUAUUUUCCUUGCCAUUAUGAACACAAGCUUCAGCGUUAUAUGUAUACUGAUUGAAGUCACUAUUUCUAUUAUUCAUGCUACACCUUAUAUUGAAAUUUUCAUAUGGUUGGUGAGGCCAAAGAGAUUUCCAUCUGGGAUAUGGUUUGAAAUUUUAUCAUAUCAGAGUAACAAUGUCAAUCUUUUGGAGAUUGGGAAGUCUAGUCAACUUGCUCAACCAUCAAGUGGAAGGGGAUAUAGUGUUUUGUGUUCAUUUCUUCACAGCAACUUCUUAAAUAUAGGACAGAUAAUUUUUCCGCACUACAGGCCUGUUUUUGCUGGGGUUUCUAGGUCGUUUGUUGGUUCAUUAGCAUACGGAGUUCUUACUGGGAAGAGAAUUCCUUCUACUUUGGGGACUGUUCUUCCUUCGAAGAUGCCUUGGAUAUCCAUUCCUUACAGGGAAUAUUGGCAUCUCUGCCAUGAUCGAUGCUUCCAUGAAUGGCAGACUGCAACUUGCUUCCAUUGAAAUGAUCCAAGUUUCCAACUCUAAUUAGCUGAUCUAAGUAUUGUUUUUUCCCUAUUGCCUUAAGCUGCUUAUUCUAAUAUUCUUUAGUUAGUCAUUCUUUUCAAUGAUUUGAUUGAAAGUUUGAAACUUCCCCAUUCAGGGAAUUGGGUGGGUGGGGUUUGUUUAGCAGGGUUAACCAUCUUCGAUUGAGUUUUUGCUAAAAUAGGGUUUUUGGACAUUUUUGUCCACAUUGCGGUGCUGAAGAAACCAUUUUCUUUCCUUGUCUUCGUUUUGCUGGCUCUGGAAAAUGUUUCUGCAAACCGUUCUAUCAAGCAUUUCAAGCAAUUCCAUUCAUUUUGGGCAUGAAA